AUGCUCUUCGGGUCAAAGAGGGACAACGUGGCGUCAGGCGGUGCAGCGUCUCACGUUGGUUACAAGGACGCAUACCGAGAGCGCCCAGUCUCGGCACCAGCAUCCGGGAGCGCGUCCCGCGUAGAGCAGCGACUCCGCCUAGUGAAACAACACACUAUGUAUUGGACACCGGAACCGCCUGGAGAGGAGUUCCAUCCCUCCCCCCGGUUGUAUGCGACCGCGUUACCGCCAGCCGAGGAACCUCCCUGUGCCAUGUACCCUGCAUUCGAGGUGUCACGCCUAUCGAAGCACGAACAGCACAUAGUUGAGGCACUUGUGGCGGAAGUUGCGGAUGCCAUUGCUUUUCCCAACCUGCAGGAGGAGCUGACUCAGUGA